AUCAUUUUUAAAUCUCAAAACAAAAACAAAAUAUUUGGAUUCUUUUUAGUUUCUAAGCUAAUUCAUUGAAUAUUUUUAAUCAAAAUGUUAUUGGACGAUUACUAUUGGCAUUACGAUUACGCCCGUUUAGCUUGGGAUACAGGAUUUUGCUUCGAAAAGUAUAAAUAUCCUAAUUUGGACAAAAAUAAAAUUUGUUUAAUAGACAUUGAUCGCAUAAUAAAAGAAAGAGACGUCGCUUCAGUGGAAAGAAAUAUUUCCAUAGUUGUUCAAUACGUUUUGGAAAAUGAUCAAGCAAUAGUCUUAGACUCCAACUUCGUGAAACUCUUUCGUUUGAGUCAAUUAUCCGUAGAAUACUUAUUGUUUUGUAAAAAAUAUUUAGACAAGACUGUAGUUUUACUUAAAAAGGACGUCACAAAAUUAAAACAGGAAUUGAAAGAAUUAAAGCAAUAUAUAGAAGAAUUAGAAUCUCAUAUUUCGUCAUCAAGAAACGUAACAGCAAGAUAUCCUUGUGAAACGUGUUCGAAGAUGUUUUCUUCGGAAGAUUAUUUAAAUUCGCAUGUAAAAAGAAGACACAGUACACCUGAAAACAAAAAUGUACAAACAGAAGCAGAAAAAUUGCAUUCUGAAAUAAAAGAACUAAAGGAAAGAUUGAAUACCACUGAAAAAUUCAUACAGGAAAAACCCAGCCCGAGGGACGCUGAAAAUUUCAAAGAAGUCAGUACAGAAACUGAAGGAAAAACUGCAAAAUUGGUGUGUGAGAUUCAGGAGAGUUUUGAAAAGUUCAGAGAUCAAGUCGAAGAUAAAAUGAAUAGUUUGCAGACUGAAAAAAACUUCUUUACUGAUAAAUAUGAUAAAUUGUUUGAUGUGGUGCUUCACUAUAAGAAUAAGGAAAAGGAGGAAGGUGAUCAAGACUCAAAAAAUGUGGAAAAGCCAGUUAUGGAAGGACCUAGAAUAGAGGAUAGCAGUACGCAAACAGAACAUGAAAAAACAGAAAAGAUUUUAGAAAUACAAACUUUUCAACAUGAUAAUACUUACCAUGUUGCAGAAACUGUUGUGUCUGAGAAGGCAGUAGAAGAUAUUGAUCAUAAACUUGAGAAGAAAUUGAUAAACUUUGAGGAAAGUAUUGAAAGCAAGAUCUCAACUGGUUUGGGCAAUAUAGAGAACCAAAUCCAAGCCUUUUGGCAAAAACUUUCAGAAGUGGAUCUGCCAAACCAACAAGUUCCAGAUGUUCCAAAAAUAGCAGAUAAACAUGCACAACCUGAAUUUUCUAACGAUUCUUCUACCCAGGAGGAAGUUAAACCUAUAAUCAAACCCAGAACUAAGUUUACUAUCACUGAAGAGAAGCAAGUAAAAGAUGCAUCUGCAAAGAAGCAGAUCCAGGAGACGGUUACAAAGAGGCAGAUUCAAGAUGAUGCAGAUAGAGAAACUAGACCAAAGUCUUCCUUACCGGCAAAGCCUAAGCCUGAUUUACAUCCUGCUGUUAUAAUUAAGCCAGCUGCUGUUCUGUAUGAAUCCAGCAGUGACUUGAGUGGAUCUGAAGACAAUUCUUUAGAUGAAGAAUUAACUGAGGCAAGAGAACAUGAGGAUGAAACCAAACCAAAACCAUUUCUCUCAAAAAUCGACCAUAAACUAACUUCUCUCAAACCACCGAUUGUUUCUGGUAAAGAUUUGCCACGUAAAAACCAGAAAGAUGAUGCCCUACAAGAAAUUCGUCAGCAGUUGGUAAAUACUAUAGAUUGUAGUCUUCAAGAAAUGGGUAUUAGCCCCCGUUGGAAUGGGAUUCCACGAAAGACUUUUGAAAGGGCUCUGGAGAUUGUUCAGCAUCAAACAUCUGUCACUAAAAAGAGUUUUCCACAGUAUGAUUCCUUAAGAAAGUCUAUUGAGAAAAUGCUGAAGAACAACAAAGAGUUGAAAGAAGCUGCAAAGAAAGUUAAAACCAUCAGAAAGGAAGCUUCUCCACAUAAGAACAAAUCAAAACCAAAAACUAUCAAAAUUCAAAUAAAGAAAAAUGAAUUGCCAAUAUCCAAACCUUCUCCUGUGGUGACAAUCAAGAACCCUGCACUGUAUGACACAGAAAGUGAAACUGACAUGAAGCCUUACCUCCCUAAAAGCUUCAAUCAAGAAAAAACCGACCCCGGCAGAAAAUCCCUUCAGGAGAAAGCUCAUAGUGCAGUUAUCGAGGAGCUGCAGUCGAAAUUUUCACUAAAACUAGCAGAAACUGAUUCCGAUUUGAAUUCCAUUGAUGAUAAAGAUGUACAGAAGGAAACCAAAAGUGCAAUGAAGAGUUUUCCAUCAGAGGGGUCUUUGGUGAAGAAAAAAGUGUUUUUUGAUGUGGAGAAUUUGGAUGGAGAGGAUGAGGUGAAAGCAAAAACUGAAUCAGGGUUGAACACCGAGAAAAAGAUGGACGAUAGUAUUUCAGACUUUGAAAUUACUUAAAAACUUGUGAUACCAGGUCUGUGAAAUAUUACUAAAACAAUUUUGACUGAUUUUGAAAGUAAUUUUCCCUCACAAAAUAUAAACACAUCCAGAAAGCUAUCACAAUUGUUUAAAGUCUUCACAAACUAUCAGUAUAUUGACAUUAUGCUUUUGUUUUUGCACUGCAGACAGUUUACUUUUUCGUGUCUACCACACUUACAAUGAUGACAUGAUGAAAUGUCAAAUUACAGUCUGCUAUUCCAAUCUUUUCACAUAAUUUUACAGAAUGUUUAUUGUAAGAUUAAAAUAAAAAAUGUGUUAAUACAAAUCCACUAGC